UUUGUUUUUUGCUUUUUCAUCCAAUGUAUACACGCUGUAUUGAGACACUUUAUCAUUCAUGAGAGGCGUUGAUCCUAUUCAUGGGCCGGUCCAUCGAGCUUUUGCCGUCAUCUGCGACUGGGCAGGAGGUCGUUCCAUAAUCCCUUUGCGAGUGACAUGACUACUUGAUAAUACCUGUUAUCGGAAUUCAAAAUGAGAAGGGAUCGUAACAUGUUCAGCAUGGUUCAAGCUAUUACUGUUCUUACGGUGUUGAAGAUGCUCGUCAAUGCUCAAAUUACUUGCAAUAAUGGAGCAGGUAGAUUCGUCUACGAAAGAUUACCAGACCAACAACUGCAGGGCUUUGACGAUGAAGUAAUAAGGGACUCAUUGCCGCCGUUCCGCGUGCUCGAGAAAUGUCAAGAUCUUUGUCUCCGCGAUCGCACGGCUACCAACAAUCUCGUGCGAACGUGCUCAAGUUUUGAUUUCCAACCGGGCAGCCGAAUAGCAUCUUACAGCGGCGCUGCCGAAUACGAAGAGAGCACCUGUUAUCUAAGCGCUGAGCAAGCGCAACCCGAAGGCAUCGGCAAUCUCAUGAUGGUACCUAACAGCGUACACUUUGCCGAAGUGUGCUUGACUUCCAGCCGCAUCGAGUUAGAAUGCCCCAAUCGGCGCUACGUUUUCGAGAGGCAUUCGAGGAAAAAACUGAAGUUGCCUGCUGCCAAUGUCAAGGAAAUUACUGCAGCUAAUCGGACGGACUGCGAAGAAAAGUGUUUGAACGAGCAUCAAUUCAUUUGUCGAUCAGCAACUUACGACUCGACUCUAAGGAGUUGUACUAUGAGUCGUUUUACACGAAGAACACACCCGGAACUAUUAGAAGACAAUGCUAAUUCUGAAUAUUUAGAAAACACAUGUCUUAAUGCGGAAAAUCGUUGUGAUGGCCUGGCAGUAUUCAUUAAAGAAGAAAAUAAACGUAUGCGCGGCCCGUUCGAAGUGGACAUUUAUUUGAAUCUAACUCUCGAAGAAUGUCAAGCAUUUUGCUUGAGAGCGGAAAAGUAUUUCUGCCGGAGUGUCGAGUAUGAUGAACAAAUUCGACAGUGCGUCAUUUUAGAAGAAGAUUCUGUUUCUCAACGAGACGAUUUUGCUACAAACACGUCUCCAGGUCAUCACUUUUACGACUUGGUGUGUUUAGAUAACCAACCAUCCAUAGCGCGAGGAUCCCAGUUCCCGGAUAGCAGCUCGUCGCACAUGUACGGUGAAACCCGUCGGCCGGAUACUGCAUUCCAGCGUUAUCGAAAUAUGAGGCUUACCGGCGAAUUCCCAUCGGAGAUCAAUGGUCGUAGUCUCAGCGAGUGCCUCGAUGAGUGUUUGCGACAGACGAGCUUUCAGUGCAGAAGCGCGUUGUAUUCGGAACGCUUGAGAACUUGCAGGCUGAGCAAGUCUAAUCAGAAGGAUGGGCAUCGAUUGAUUUACGAUGCUGAUAAUGACUACUAUGAAAAUCUUAUGCAUCAUUCGUGGGAGGGCGACAGAGGAAGUAACAAUUAUAGGCCAGACCCACUUGGUCAAGACACUAGUGGAAGGCCAGGCAUCCUCGGAAGACCAGGCUAUACAGACGACUAUCCAGGCGGUAACAAAGAUCGUUUUCCCGAUCGUUUCCCUGAAUCUUAUCCCAACAACCGUAUACCACCACAUUAUUUACCUGGCAACGAUUAUCCACCACCUCGCGGGCGUCCAUAUUAUCCACCACCACGUCGACCCAGUUAUCGUCCGAACUACGACGACCCAUAUCCAGGCAAUCGCAUUCCAAUGGAUCAAUAUCCUGUAUUCGAUCGUGUACCUCCUGGAGAAUCAUAUCCUGUUGGUGAUCGUUUUCCAACCAACGACGAACCAUAUCCUAUAAGACCAACAGGAGGUGGUCGUUUUCCUAAUCGACCGAUGCGACCAUACGGUAGUCGUUUCCCGGGAGUUGUCCAGAAAUAUCCACCACCAUCGCGAUUUCCUCCUGGAUCGACCAACUAUCCACCGGUUGAUGAUAGAUAUCGACCACCGAUACCAGAAGAACCAUCUGAUAGAUUUCCUAGUGGAGGUUUGGAUGGAAAUAGAAUCCCGGAAAGAUUCCCAAUCCCAGAUAAAUAUCCCGAUAGGGAUGGUUAUCCGUACGGCGAUGGCCGAUACCCAAUCUACCCUGGUAAAGAGUGGUCUGAACGUCCAGUCCAUCCUGGAGGCGGUCAAUACGGACCUAACCGUCCUGGGGGUGGUUACGGUGUUGGUGGUAUACCACCAGGCAAUUCAUUAGGAUCAGGUGGCUACGAAGAAGGUGGAAUAGUCGGUGGUGGUUACAUCGGCGAAGGUGGUGUCUACCAUCAACGACCAUAUGGAAAUGGUGGUGGUCCAAUGAUCGGUCGGCCACCCUUACUGUCGCGUUGCGAUGAACAGGAGAAUUUUCGACAAGUGAGCCAAGGUACAAGAGUGCGCAAACCCUUUGUGCGUCGUUAUACCGCAGCGUCAACCUUGAGUCAAUGCGAGCGCGAAUGUAGCGAUGCCAGGGACUUUGUCUGCCGAUCGUUCAACUUCCGACCACCACCUUACAAUACGCCUUACGGAUCGGAACGGGAUAAUUGCGAGUUGAGCGACAGAGACUCCAGGGACAUGGAUAUGGGUAAUCCGAUUUAUUAUGAGACUAGCUCGGAGUACGACUUUUACGAGAGAGGUAAUGGGCGCCAAGGUGCAGAUGAGUGUCUCGAUGUAAGCCAAACGUGUAAUGAAGAUGGAAUGGAGUUUACCUUGCGCACACCGGAAGGUUUUAUUGGUAGAAUUUACACUUAUGGCUACUAUGACCGAUGCUUUUAUCGUGGGAACGGACAAACUAUAAAUGUGCUGAGAAUUAGCGGAGCUCAAGGAUACCCCGAUUGUGGAACUCAAAGAUACGGCGAUACCAUGACUAACAUCGUAGUGGUUCAAUUCUCUGAUUACGUACAAACUGGAAGAGACAAACGUUUCAACUUGACGUGUCUAUUCAGAGGUCCUGACGAGGCAGUCGUUACUUCCGGAUAUAUUGGCGCAGGUAGAUCGGGUUCGCCUAUACCUAUCGAGUACUUGCCAGCCGAGAAUACUUUGAGCUCGAAAGUUAGGCUCCUUAUUCUCUAUCAAGGACGACCGACUACCACGAUUGCUGUUGGCGAUCCAUUGACUUUCAGACUUGAAGCUCAAGAUGGUUAUAAUUACGCCACUGAUAUAUUUGCGACAAACGUCGUUGCGAGAGAUCCUUAUUCUGGACGAAGUGUUCAAUUAAUAGAUAGAUACGGAUGUCCUGUUGAUAAUUACGUGUUCCCCGGCUUGGAUCGACUUCGAGAUGGGGACAGUUUAGAGGCUCGCUUCAAUGCGUUUAAAAUUCCUGAGUCGAACUUCUUGGUGUUCGAAGCGACUGUGAGGACAUGUAGAGAUGGAUGUCAACCUGCUUUCUGUUCGUCGGGUACCGGCAGAAGCGAACCAUCGUAUGGACGAAAAAAGAGAUCGAUUAGUAAUGAUACUGAAGUCGACAUAGAUGCUUUGAAUUCAACGAGUGUGAAUGCUACUGAAAGUAUUAUAUUAUCCGAAAGUAGUGUCAGUGAAACGGAUGCCGAAGUAAAAGACGCUACUGAAGGUGAAGAAGAAUUUGUCAGAGAAAUGAUAGAGGUUUUCGAUUCAAGAUACGACAUGAAUGAAGAAGACGACGACGAGGUUAAUACUAUUGCUGAAAAAAGAAUCGCACCUGUUGUGGAUACUGUCUGCAUUACUCCGAACGAGUACUACGGACUUAUAACGGCUAUUGUUAUCCUCGUCGUACUUUUAGCAUCUAUUGUACUUUUAACAAUAUUAGUUUACAGGAAAUACGUUUAUGCCGUGAUUGUUAAAAACCGUAGGGCUGAUAGAUUAUCACAUCGAAGUAGAAAUUCUACAGAAGAUCAUUAUAGCACAAGAGCGAACAAUUUCUCAUUUUUACGAUCUGGACUUAUAAAUCCAAGUCGCUCUUCACCCAUUGCGAGAUCUUUGAGUAAUAUUAUUAGCCAGCGAACAGGGUCAUCAACGACUUUGGUAGGCAUUGCCGGGACGUCGAGCAACUACAGGACGAAUUUUGACCCAAGUGAACCGAUUUAUACCGAUCCGACCCUUUUUGAAAUUGCGAGGAGUACGAUAGUCGACAAGAAGAAUUCUCAUAACGAUAAUUUUCACAUGAUAUGAAUGAUAUUUUAUCGUGAUUAUACUUCGGAAUGAUCAGUGAUUAAAAAAAUGUUAUAAUAUGAUUAUAGAAAGAACAUCCAUACGCGCUUUUUAAAAACUUUAAUUUCGUAAUUUUAUAACUCGCAAAUGUUUUAAAAUUUACGUUUCGAUAUUUUUUGCAUGACUAGUAUAAUAAAGUUUUUAUAUUAUAUUAACUCUGAAGGUUAUUUUUUACUCCAUACUCUCAUGAAUACCUUUUACGAUAUU